AUAACGUGUAAUUAAUGUAAAAUAAAUGGUAUUUUUUGAUCAUAAAUGUAAUGCUAAUUACGGGACGUAUAGUAUGUGAAAGAGUGUUGACUUGAAGUACACGUCGGACUCAAAAGUGUUUGCGAUAAGUCUUAACAUAAGAUUUGAUUGCAAUUCACAACACAUCCAAAAGUCAAAGCCAUGGCUUCAGAAGCGGUGGAUCAGGUGUUGAGUCAACUAAACGCCACAAUGAAUGAGACGAUUGCCAACAAUAGCACCGAAAAAGUGAAGUCAACGCCGGAAGGGAUGCUCUGCGCCUACGGAAGCAUUAUUGUCAUGGCUUUGAUUCCCAUCUUCUUCGGCGCCUUUCGUUCAGUCAUUCAUCACAAACAGCAAAAAGAAUCGGGUGAACAGCCGGAGACGAUGACACACAAAGACGCGGCGAUGUUCCCACUCAUCGCCAGCGCCGCUCUCUUCGGACUUUACAUCUUCUUUAAGCUGUUCUCCAAAGAGUACAUCAAUCUCUUACUCACCGGUUAUUUCUUUUUCCUCGGAGUUCUUGCUUUGGCACACAUUUUGAGUCCAAUUGUGAACCGAUUUAUACCGAAAGCAUUUCCAGUAAUUCCUUAUCACCUGAUCUUCAAUAAAGGAAGUGAUGAUCCAAUGGAGUCUCUAAUCGACUAUCGUUUCGAUUCCAGAGAUUUUGUAACACUUGUCGUCUGUGCGGCGCUCGGAGUUUGGUAUCUCUUUAAGAAGCAUUGGAUCGCAAAUAAUAUCUUUGGUUUGGCUUUCGCUGUGAAUGGCGUCGAGUUAUUACACUUGAAUAAUAUCGUCACCGGAUGUAUAUUAUUGGGCGGACUCUUCGUGUACGACGUGUUUUGGGUGUUUGGAACCGAUGUGAUGGUAACUGUGGCCAAAUCAUUCGAAGCCCCCAUCAAACUGGUCUUCCCUCAAGACUUCCUCGAGAGUGGAGUCAAUGGCACCCACUUUGCAAUGUUAGGGUUGGGAGAUAUCGUCAUUCCCGGCAUUUUCAUCGCUCUCUUAUUGCGUUUCGACGUCAGUCUGAAAAGGAAAGGAAACGUGUAUUUCUACACGAGUUUCGUGGCGUAUAUCUUGGGUUUAGUGUUGACAAUAGUAGUGAUGGCAUACUUCAAACACGCACAGCCGGCGCUCCUCUAUUUGGUCCCCUUUUGUAUUAGUUUUCCCGUUUCGGUCGCUCUCAUUAGGGGUGACAUUAAAGCUCUCUUCCGCUAUGAAGACCAUCCGUCAGCCGAUAAAGAGGUGGACGAGAAAAAGGAGAAGACUGUUACGAAGUCUACUAAAAAGGAGACU